AUGGAGAGCAACAAGGUGACCAAUCAACAAUGCAAGGACAAUGCAUGUGGAGGCAUUUAAUAUGGCUGUAUCUAUUACAGUAUUUAAAGUUGGAAAGAAGCCAUUAGUAGCACUUGGUACUCAAAUGAUUCAGCAGUGUCUGGACUGAGAUAUAAUGUGUUAAUUUGAUUUAUAUAUGUAAAAAACGUAUAUCGCCUGUUCAUACGACUUUGAGAUUUGGGGUAAAUAAUAAAAACAUUUUGAUUUUCUAUCUGUGUAGGUUGUGUUUAAAUGUUGGACCGCCUGUUUUUGGUGGUUUGCUUACCAAACUGCAUGUACGUUUGUGUGUGUUCCCCAGCAGCCAGUGAAGGAGGUGCUCCCCCUGCCUCGCCACCCUCCCUCUCUUCCUGUGACCUCUUCCCCUCUGGCACCUGCUGCCUCCUUAAAAGGACACACCACAGGCUCCAUCCAGCAUGUGCAGGUGGCCUCUUCAGGUGACUGACAGAGACAUACCACAUCCACAUCUCUCAGUGCAUCAGUAGUACUUAAAGAAACAGGUUUUGUUGCUUUGAAUGGAUACUUUAACCACUGAGCAUUUUGGGUCUAAAUUUAGACGUCUAAAUGUAGCCUAGACGACUGGUCUAACAUCAGACUACCACUGGUCAAAAAAUGAAAGUUUUUUAGAUGUCUAAAUUUAGACCAAGUUGAGACCCAGUCUAAAUCUAGGCUUUAUCUAUACUACACUGUAUAUAGCUCAACGGCUAUCAUAAUAAUUUUGGUUAAGUACUUGGUAAUCAGUUAUGAAAUUCACAGUUGCUUUUUGAAAUAAAUGGUUUUUGAAUAAUGGGUUAAAGUGCAACCUCUAAAUUAAAUCUAAAAAUAUACAGAAUCUAAGCACUUGAACUUAGGUCUAAAAAACUAGACGUCUAAUAGUCGUCUAUUGUGCAGUUGGUAAUUUCUGUUUUGUUCAUUUUUUUUUUUCAAUUACAACUUCAUUAUUUUUUUGUGUCUAUUUACAGUGGUUUCAUCAUUCAAUCAUCUGAGGCUUCCAGAGAGGGAUCUCACGCUCAUGUCUCACAUGAAGUCCAUAAAGUCUCUGAGACAAGCUGGCCUCACCGCAGUCUUCACUAAACAAGCGGUGAGCUUGCUGACGCAGCCUUUCGGAUGAAGAUAAACCCUGAAUAAAGUGAAAUAAAUAACAUUAAAAUGGCAUUAUAAGAAAUAGUAAUAACAAUGUUUUCUCUCAGCAAAAACAUUGUUUGAUGUUGAGACUGAUCAACUGCAAAAAUAAUACCGAGGCUAUAGUGGCUUCAAGCGGAGCAACCUGCUUGAGGACCAUUAUCUCAGUACAUGGGGUUCACAACUAAACCAGAUUUGACUAAAUCAGACCUCCAAAGAGUACUGUUAUUAUAUCAUGACAGUUGUAUCAAAAAGCAGCAUUAAAUGGCCCUCUCUGUCCCUCUCAAACAAUGGUAGAAGCUGGAAAGUGAGGAUAAGUUGGAGGAAGUGCCCAUCGUAGACGUGAUUUUGGCCGACAUCGACUCCUUGGUGCCCACUCAUGAUGAAGCAGGCCGACCUAUAGCCGAGUGGAAACGUCAGGUGAUGGUGCGGCAGCUGCAGGUCAGACUGCAGGAUGAGGAGGAGCAAAGGAAACAGGUACAGGUACAUGUGUGUAUCUGAAUACAAUGAAAGCACAGUCAUACUUGAAGAAGGAGAGACUGUCUAUAUCAGUUUGAGGUGAGCUAAAAUCUAUUUGUCCCUCAAACAGGACAUGACUAAUGGCUGCACUCCCAUGGAUGGCUGGAAGUACUCGCAAGCCCACAAUGCGGUUUUGGGGCCUUUUGGAGAGCUUCUAACAGAGGAUGACUUGGUGUACCUGCAGAAGCAGAUCGAGGCUGUUUCCCUGCAGAAACGCUGCCAGGCCUAUGAGCUGGAGCUAACCAGGCUGACUGAAGAGCUGAAGUCCAUUUUACCUGAUCAGAUCCUUAACAUCUCUCUAAAUAAAGAGCUUCUGCAACAGAUGGAUGCAGGGAAAAUGCAGCUGACUUUGCCAGUGUGGUGCAAUCGUGUCUCUGAGAUUGUUAAGAGCAUGUCCUUACUGGUGGCGAAUCUCACUCAAAGUACAGAAGAGGGAGGCAAGAAGACGAUAGUUGAAGGUAUGAUGGCGGAGGUGAGGGGUUUGAAGGGGGUGAGAGACAGUUUAGAGUUGAAUCUAGGCCAGGGAUUGGUGCCAGACAUUGUACCAGCACAUGGUGACACUUCGAGUGGGUGUAAAAUCCCUCAUGUCGGGAUGGCAUCAGCUUUUAGCCACCGACUUGAAACCAAUAACUACAACAGAGCGCGUAGAGAGAGGGUGGAGAAAGAGAUUCAGCAGUCUGGGGUGUCGGUCAGGAGCCUCAGAUCUAACUUUGAAGGUCAGAUUGGUGGUAUCUAUCCCUUUGCUGGGGUUGUGACAGGAGGCCAGGCAGGGUUUGAACAGAAAAACCAGAAUGCUAAUUCAAUCCUCAAUUGUAAAGACAGUCAACAUGAUCCUCCUAAGAAAAACAAACCUGUGAUGGAGUCUACCAGUUUGAGAAAGGAACGGAUCGUGGUGCUAUUCCUGAGCCACUGGAAGAAAUCUGCAUAUGCUAUUUCGGUGAGAACAGCACGGCAGAGGCAGGACGCAGCUGCUGGGAGAGGAACUGCAGCUUCAACCCCACAGAAAAUCACCUCCAUGUUUAAAUUCUGCCGGCAAAGAGUAGCUGUGCACAAGAUGCUCAACACCUGGAGGAACAAAGUAGGACUCAAAGAUGCACAAAAGCCUAAUUUUUCCCCCAACUCCACACUAAAUCCACCUCUUCAAGUUAUCUAUUCACCAGAGCAGUUUCUUCCAGAUAUCGAUGGUGUUGCAGUGACCCAUGACAGCCUGACGCUUGACCUCUUCAUGCUGGGCUACUUCCACAUUUUAGAACAAGAGCUCUCACCAGAGGAGAGGAAGAUGAGGCACCUCCUCUGCUUUGAAGUCUUCGACCAUGUCGGCAGUUUUUCCUGGGAGAUAGUGAGGGAUUUCCACAAGACUGUACUCCAGGAGAUCCAGACCGGGAGGCGGAAGUGGAGCGACGGCUUUGAGGAUAUCAAAGUUCGCUACUUUAGGGACGCAAAACCAUGCCGCUGUCCUUCACCAUCAUCAUCACCAUCAAACUCAAGACUCAUACCAAAAGUUAUAGUCCAAAAUGCCACUCCAGAUGAAAGUGGAAGUGACACGGACUUCUCCAAUUUUAACAAUGAGGAUAUUUGUAAAUACAUUGACCGCAGCUUUGCUUUCUGGAAGGAGAAGGAGGCAGAGCUUUUUAAUUUUGAGCAUUAG